UAUACACAGCAUUCUUCGAGGUUGUUCGCAGCUGUUUUUGCCUCUGUGACACCUGGCACAUAAGAAAGGAACAACAAUGUUGGAGGCAGCUUUUCUUGUGCCUGGAGCUGUCGUGGGUGAUCUGCUUGAUCUGCGUUUGAGUUUGCACGUGUAUGCUGUGAAAAUGCCUCCGCGGAAGCGGUAUCUUGAAUAUGGAGCCGACAUAGCAGACCUACCAUACACAACGAAAAAAAGAUUGUUUGACGAGCGCGAAACGGACCUGCAAGCGCCUGACGAGACCGAUGAGUGCACGCCUGCCGAGAGCGACGACUUAUUGCCUGCCGAAAGAGAUGGCGGCUCGUCUGCUGAAAGCGACGACCACUCUGUGCCUGCCGAAAGCGACGACCACUCUGUGCCUGCCGAAAGCGACGACGACUCUGCACCCGCCGAAAGCGAUGACUCGCUUGCGUCAAGUCCUAGUGCUACCCGCGCCACACCACCGCCGCCAACACCACAACCCGGCGGCUCUCCAGGAACUCGGCAAGAACCGCAAGAGGAGGCCCAGCUAACCGCCAAUGACCUGUUAGCGCUAUCCGUGGGCUUCAUCAUAGAGUUCGGACUCCCGUGGAAGGCGGUCGAAACUCUACAGAAGAUGAUGUCCUACGUUCUGAAAAGAUGCGACGUGCCGGCAACCAAGUACUUGUUUAAAAAGAACGCCGGUAUCACUGUUGAGACUGCCAAGUUUCAUUUUUACUGCAACGACUGCAAAAGACUAGUCGCCUCCACAUCGGGUCGCCUUGCUGACCGCAACGCAGUUCAGGCCCCCUGCCCCAACUGCGGCAAACUCUGUGAUGGUCGGCAGAUGUUGAUUGACGGCCACUUUUUUUUUAGCAUGCCGAUCCGGAAACAGAUAACAGAGUUGCUUUCGAGAGAAGAAAUUUCUAGUGCUCUAACUAAGCGCCUGCAAGAAAUAGAUGCUCACCACGACAAUGGCAGUGAUGGGAUGUCGGAUAUUUCCGACGGUGACGCAUACAAAGCCGUCCGGGAAAAGAUGGAUUUGCACGAUUUAACGCUGACCAUCAAUUCCGACGGAAGUCCGCUUUUCAAUUCCUCCAAAUACUCGAUAUGGCCGGUGCAAGUGAUGAUCAACGAACUUCCGCCACACCUCCGGCACAAGAAUGUCCUCGUCACCAUGCUGUGGUAUGGACAGACCCAUCCCGACAUGCCACUACUGCUGACGGCCUUCGUUGAUCAAAUGGAAGACUUAUCUUGUGAGGGAAUUACCUGGGAGGCAGGCACAAGAACUGUUUGUUCAAAGAUCCAUUGCUUCAGCUGCUGCGCUGAUGCCCCUGCCAGGGCAAUUAUGCAAAAUAUGUUGCAGUAUAAUGGGCACUACGGGUGUGGAUGGUGCCUGCACCCUGGAACUGUCAUCAAUGGAACUGUCAAGUACACUGUUGAUGAAGUGGUGGAGGACAGGGACACGGACCGGACCCUGGCACUGAUGAAGAGAGCGGCUGCCAGCGACAAGCCCAUCAAAGGCGUAAAGGGUCCAACACCCCUCAUGAAUCUCCCCAGAUUUGACGUAAUCUGGGGAUUUACACCAGAUUAUAUGCAUUGUGUUUUGCUCGGCACAACGCGGCAGCUCACAGAGCUGUGGCUGACCAGCGUGGGAGAGGAUUUCUACAUUGGCUGUCCAGCACUUUUUGAUGCACUUGAUCAGAGGCUGCUUAGUAUGAAACCACCAUCAUGCUUCCACAGACUGCAACGGUCGCUUUCCGUACGGAAGUACUGGAAAGCGACCGAAUGGCAGCAGUGGCUUCUGUGCUUUUCUUUACCAUGCUUGGAUGGCAUACUGCAUUCAAAGUUUUUGUGUCACUUUGCCUUACUAGUAAAAGGUAUUUAUCUUUUGCUGCAAGACAAUGUCACCAAGGGUGAUGUCACAGAGAGCAUCAAUUGUCUCGUGAAGUUUGUUGUUGAUGUCCAGGUGCUUUAUGGUGAGAAGCAGAUGACAUUCAACAUCCACCAGAUGCUACACCUGUCCAAAAGUGUGCUGCACCAAGGCCCACUGUGGGCACAUUCUUGUUUUGCCUUUGAAUCAAAUAUUGGCCAGGUGAAGGAGCUUGUUACAUCGGCCAAGGGUGUGCCAUUGCAAAUUGUGGAGCGCCUUAUGAUGAGAAGUUUGUUUCCUGGCCUAAAAGCCUUAGCUUGUCCUGAGACACAGUCAUUUUUAAGUGGAGGCAGCGUCUCAAAUCGAGGGACUGUCGCACCACUUGGCAAGCCACGGCAAGUGCCACUACCACUUUUGGAGUUGGCCCAGAGCCAGAUUGGACAUAUUAUAAGCGGUCAAGUGAUGGAGCAUGAUAGGGUUGCGGUGUCCCAGUUUGUGUUCCAUAGUGAGCAGUAUGGAAGACCGAACAAAACUGACUGCACAGCUGCAAUCUUACCAUCCAAAGUGUACAUAAAAAUUGAGCACUUGCUGUCUUUUCAGGACACAAAUGGACAGGCCAAGAUUUUUGCCGUGUCACCUAGAUUUGUAACAACACCUGUUCAAAAAUGCACUCACAUUGUGAAAGCGCGCCAGGUGCCUCCUGGACAUGCUGCCAGUAAUCUACUCGUUGAAAUAGCGCCUGGUGUUGUGCCCUGUGUAUACAUGCACACUGGGGCGAAUAGCUACUUUGUGUCUUUAGCCUUUAAGGCUCUUUUUAGAAGUGAGUAAGCUGGGUCCCUCUUCCUGUGUUGCACAAAAGAGCAGUCUCUGUAGCUCGAUCCUACUUGCCAAAUAAAUAGAAGUUGCUUCUCGUCAUCAAGUACCAGAAAAAGGCCAGUUGGUGUCUGUCUCAAAUUCUUAGCUUUGCUAGCUAACUGCUUCAACUGCUGCCAGCUCUGGCCCAAUCAAAUUUGCCAGCUCAUGCUCACGUGGCACAAAUUCUAAACACUUGCUUGUUUAAGCUGUACCCCGGCUUGUCCCACCUGAUCUCCAGCUCAUAUGCCACAUGUUUUUACAACAGCGGCCAAAAUAUUAAAAAAAAGGAACUUUAGAGCAUUCAAUAUUGCGUUUAGAGCACUCAAUAUUGCCAUUAGCUUGUCCGACUUUUCAAUCACAUAUAGUAUCAAGACUGUGCAAUUAAGCACCUAAUUUUACAAAUGUAUGUUAACUAACUUUUUAAUUAGUAAAAAUAAACAUUUAUGUUUCAACUAGAAACUUCAUGGGGAUCGUUGAAAACCACUAAAUCAGUCAAAUUUAGAAAGGUAGGCAGCGCGUGUACCGUCUCCUGAGAAUGCGUCGCGCACCGCUGGAUUUUUCAGUUCUCAUCCACAUUUUCUCUCAGAGCGGCCGCCAGGUCGGGCAAGCUAAUGGUAAUAUUGAGAGUGCUUUAAGCAUAUGUUGGCCAAUCUCAGCAAAAACACCUAUAUCAGCAGCUCCAGCUGAACCCAACUAUGUGCCAGCUAAGAACCAGCUGGACAGCUUAGUGCUUGCUGGUCCCAGCUAAGUGCUUGCUGGUCCCAGCUAAGUGCUUGUUGGUCCCAGCUGGUUCCAAUUAAGGGCUAGUUGGUCCCAGCUGGCCCCAACUAAGGGCUAGCUGGUCCCAGCUAAGGGCUAGCUGGUCCCAGCUAAGGGUUAGCUGGUCCCAGCUAAGGGCUAGUUGGUCCCAGCUAAGUUCCAGCUGGGACCAGCUGAAACCAACUGGGACCAGCUGAAACCAACUAGGACCAGCUGGAACCAACUAGGACCAGCUAGAUACCAACUGGAUA